CGUCAUAUUCGUGCGCCGCGAAUGCUGUUUUGGGGGAAUCGUAUCGUUUACCGAGCUGAAGACGACUGAAGGGGUGAUAUUUAUAUAAAAAGGAUGCCACUGCCUCCAGCUCUGCUUGCCCGCUUGGCCAAGAGAGGGAUUGUUAAACCAGCUGAACAAGAGGCAGAUGAGGAGAUAAUUGCUGAAGAUUAUGAUGACAACAACGUAGAUUACGAAGCCACCAGAAUAGAAAAUCUACCACCAAACUGGUAUAAAGUGUUUGAUCCUGCUUGUGGUCUUCCUUAUUACUGGAAUGUGGAGACAGAUUUAGUGGCCUGGCUGUCCCCUAAUGACCCAACCUCAGUUAUAACAAAACCUGCCAAGAAAAUAAGAGGAGAAGGGGGAGAUGACAGAGUUGAAAGGCAGUUUGAUAAGUUGGACCGAGAGCGAGAACGGGAGAGAGACAGGGAUAGAGAUAGGGACAGAGACAGGGAUCGGGAUCGAGACCGGGACCGAGAACGGGACAGGGAUCGAGACAGGGAUGAGGGACGGGACAGAGACAGGAGAAAACAGAGGAGAGAGGACACUGCACCGUACAGCAAGAGCAAGAGAGGGAGAAAAGAUGAUGAGAUGGACCCCAUGGACCCCAGUGCUUAUUCUGAUGCCCCAAGGGGCACGUGGUCCAGUGGUCUACCAAAACGUAAUGAAGCAAAGACAGGUGCAGACACCACAGCGGCAGGGCCUCUGUUCCAGCAGCGGCCGUAUCCCAGUCCUGGAGCAGUACUUAGGGCUAAUGCAGCAAAUCAAAUCCCCAAAGAGUGAGCGGAGUUCCCAGGAGACAAAAGCUUCCAAAAUUAAGACAGUUUCACUUUGCAUUUAAGACUGAUAUCAGUUCAGUUAAACAUCUUUACAAAAAUGUGUCAGUGAUAGAACUCUGAACUUUUGUAAAAUCUAUGCGCUGAUAUGCUUCUUUAAAUUACGGCAGCUGUAAAUAUGUUUUUAUAUGAUCUAUAGAUAUGCUUUCUUGUAGGUAGGACCAUCUGAUGACAUCAUUUGCAAAUAAAUUAAACAUCUGUGACUCAUUGUAGCUUUUCCUGAUGGUAAAUAAAAAAACAUCUGUACCAA